AUGAGUGAGAAACAAGAUAUGAAAAUGAGUACACUCGACAUUCCAAGAGAAAAGACUACUAGCAAGAAGUGGAAUGAACGAAUGCAACAUCGUCAAAAGAUGCACAGCAUCAAGACAAGGGAGCGUGAAAUGAAACAAGCUAAGGAAGAAGAGUCUGAACGUCGAAGUCAAGUCCGGAAGGAACGCGCCUUUAAAGCCGCUGAAAAGGAGCGCUUAGAAGCGAUGGCUGCUAGGAUGAGCGCGAAGAAAGCUUUGCGUCAUGCCCGCCGCAUGGGUCGUACCAAAAAGGUAGCCCAUUAA